AUGGCCUGCUACAACCGCUGCCAGCCCUGCGGACCCACCCCUCUGGCCAACAGCUGCAAUGAGCCCUGUGCCCUGCAAUGCCAGGACUCCCGUGUUGUCAUCCAGCCUUCCCCUGUGCUGGUCACCCUGCCAGGACCCAUCAUGACCUCCUUCCCCCAGAACACCGCUGUCGGAUCCACCUCUUCGGCUGCUGUUGGCAGUGAACUCAGUGCCCAGGGACAGCCCAUCUCUGGUGGAUUUGGCCUUGGCUAUGGGCUGGGAGGCCUGGGCUGCUAUGGCAGAAGAGGUGGCUACAUCUGCUAAGGGCUCUCAGCACCAUCCCUGACACCACCAGCUCGGUGCCCUGGCAGCAGCUCCUGCAAGGAAAACACAUCAGCUGAUGGUCGCCCUAAUUGCACCUCACACUGGAUCCUGUCAACUUCUUCUUUCUCAUCAUUCUUUCACUUCAAUAAAUUUUUCUUGCAUCAGAA